GGAACAGAAAAAGUUCAACAAGAUGUUCGGCCAGUGGAAUCCACAGGCGCCUCACAAGCCCGAGCGAUAUUCCAAUCUACGAGCUUACAGGGCUAGCGGUGGCUACCAACGCAAGAAGGAAGGUUUCAACGCAUUCUUGCGAGGGGCGGCAGCCCAGUACAGAUCUCAUAAUGAGAGCGAACCCUUGAACGGCUCCCGCUCAACAUCUUCAUCUAGUCCUACUCCAGCUGUAGUGCCCACCAGACCAUCAUUUGCCCCGCCGGCCUCCUACGAUGACUCCCCUGCAAUGCUGCCCUCUGACCAGUCCGGAGAAGAUGCCUAUGCUCGCCGCAUGCAACUAUCACAGCCACAGCCAAACAGUGCGCCGUCUCCAUCUGCACACGAGCCUGUACCUGGAUAUCCUCCACCCCCUCCUUCAGCCACAAAUGAUUACACGCCUCCACCCCCGCCUCCACCACCAGCUACUUCUGUGCCGACACCUUCAACCUACCAAGGUGCCACUAUAUCUGCGCCACCCAUACGAUAUGCGAACGCGACCAUUUCAGCACCCCCAGUCCGUUAUGAGCGUCCCGACAUUCCAAUGGAAGAUCUAGACGAUGAGCCAACCCCAGAAGAACGGCCAUCGAAGCGUCCCAAGAUCAGCAAGGCAGAGGCGAUGAUGGCCAAGAUGGGGUACAAAAAGGGCCAGGGUCUGGGCAAGAACAACGACGGAGUGGUCACUCACCUGGAAGUCAAGAUGCGCAAAGUUCCACAAGGGACCAGCACUUUUGACGAUGAAGGCGGCAAAGUCAAAUCACAACAGGUCUGGGAUGUCCGCGGUGGCGCACGCAAUCAGAAAGAUGAGCCUGGCAAGUUUGGCGAGGAGUCUUCUGUCGUGGUUACUUGGGGUUGCGUAGAUGGUGUUGAUUGGGACGCCAACGCUGAUCGCAACGACGGCGGUAUCCGCCAGGACAUGGGCGAGGCGUUUAGCAACAAGUUUGGCCCAGUCGAGCACGUGCAGCUAGACGAGAACAACAAGGACGGUGUUGUCUACAUCCACUUCCAAUCCGUCCUCAGCGCCCUCAAUGCCGUCAACCGUUUCGACGAAGGGUGGGAGUUUAGAGGCAGGAAGAUUCGCGCUAAAUACUAUGAUGAGCGUAAGUUCCAUGCGGGCAUUUAUGAUUAUUAACCGUUGCCAAUUUUUUUUUCUUAUGAUCGAGUGUUUGGAUGAAAUAGGGCUUGUGGAUAUUUCACGCUGUAAAAUUUUUGUUACUUUUUUUUUACUUUCUGGUAUUCACUUUCUUCUUUCCUGUCUUUCUCAGAGUGUGAGAGAGAGAGAGGGGGGGGGGGUUAUUGAUACGAAGGGUUCAAGCGUAGAAUGCAUGUACGGUAAAAAAAAAGGGAUUUCGGGAGAGC